UUUUACUCUUUUCCUUAUUCUCUUUGUGUUUGUCUCACCAUGAACCUUUGUUUUCCUCACAAGUCAUAACUGCCAGAGUCUCCAUGGCAGAAAGGAGCAAGGAGCUUCUUCACUUGGAGCACAAGGCCACACCCCUCUCGUCCUUAGAAUCCACACUUCUUGUUUGUAACGGCAAAAGAGAACAAUGCACUCAAGCUAAGAUGCUUCCCCCUAAUGGCACUCCUCUUACUUAUCCUAUUCCCAAAAGCCAACUUUUAGGGAAGGUUAAAGAUUUCUUAGGAGUGAUGUCAGAAGCAAAUAAGCGGCUGGAACUUGAUGCUAAGGAUUUGAUGCUUGGUGUUGCGGAUCUUAAUAUGCCUGAGGCUGUGGCUGCUACUGAAUCAACAAUUUCUAGUUGUCAGCCUGCGAUUUCAUUGGCCACUGAUGGCAAAGACACAGACACAGAUUCAGAUGAAAGCAGUACUGAAGAUGAUAACGAGGAUGAUGGAAUCAGGAGUGGUGAUGCUGGAAAUGAUGGUAGAAAGCCUUCAUCUCUUGAUGAUGAAAAACGAAAGGGAAAUCAUAAUUCCAAAAAACGAGCAAGGAUAGUUGAGCUCUCCUGAACUCGAUGGUGUGUGGUAACUGGUAAGGGGUUAUGAGAACUAGAUGCAUGAGUUGGCGUAUAUUGUUGUAUGUACUUACUAAGAUGAUAUCAGCAAGAAUCAAAAUGCAUCUUUUACAUCUAGGGUAGGAAUAUAUUUUUUAAUUUUGGCUUAUGUUUGAGAUCAAACAAUAGCAGCCUCCAUAUCUGAGUUAA